CAGUUUGAACCUAAGGAAAUCGUCUCGACUAAACGCCAUCCUCGGGACUUCGUUAAACUUCGGCCUCGGGAGAAGGACCGUGUGUCAAAGUUGGAGUUUUGAGUAUCUUCACACUGGGGACGUUUUAAUAGAGAUGGAAGACUACGUGAAGAUAGAAAAAAUUGGAGAAGGUACAUAUGGAGUGGUGUAUAAGGGCAAGCACAAGUCCACGGGGCAGGUCGUGGCGCUGAAGAAGAUCCGACUGGAGAGUGAGGAGGAGGGAGUACCCAGCACUGCUGUGCGAGAGAUCUCCCUGCUCAAAGAGCUUCAGCACCCCAACGUUGUCCGCCUACUAGAUGUGCUCAUGCAGGAGUCCAAGCUGUACCUAGUGUUUGAGUUUCUGUCAAUGGAUCUGAAGAAGUACCUGGACUCCAUUCCUUCAGGCCAGUACAUGGACCCUGUGCUUGUCAAGAGUUACCUGUAUCAGAUCCUGGAAGGGAUUCUGUUCUGUCACUGUCGUCGGGUUCUGCACCGGGAUCUCAAGCCGCAGAACCUGCUGAUUGACAAUAAAGGUGUGAUCAAGCUGGCGGAUUUUGGCCUUGCGCGGGCUUUUGGGGUGCCUGUCCGAGUCUACACACACGAGGUGGUGACACUGUGGUACAGAGCCCCGGAGGUUCUGCUCGGGGCAUCUCGUUACUCCACUCCUGUAGAUGUUUGGAGCAUUGGCACUAUUUUUGCUGAACUCGCCACCAAGAAGCCGCUGUUUCACGGAGACUCUGAGAUUGACCAGCUCUUCCGUAUAUUCAGGAUUCUGGGUACUCCAAAUAACGAGGUGUGGCCGGACGUGGAGUCCCUGCCAGACUACAAGAAUACGUUCCCCAAAUGGAAGUCGGGCAGUCUGAGCAGUAUGGUGAAAAACCUAGACAAGAAUGGCCUGGACCUGCUUGGGAAAAUGCUGACCUACGACCCUCUGAAGCGGAUCUCGGCCCGGCAGGCUAUGACCCACCCCUACUUUGACGAUUUGGAUAAAACCACUCUGCCUGCCAGCAACGUCAAGAGUUAGACUGGCACGCUGCCUCACCCAUCCACACCUUAGACCUGACAGAAUUCCUCAGAUAGGACAUGCCUGGCCCACGCCACUGGGACUAUGCAGGACUUCCAGUUAGACUUUCAGAUCUGGAAUCUGUAUAAUCUACAACACAUCAUGGACAAGAGUAAAACUCAGUGUCUCUCAACGUGAAUUGAAUUCUAUCAAGCGUUCUAGAAAUGGAUUCCUGCUGGUACCAGUGUGAUAACACAUCGAUACUGAUUCCCCUUCCUCCUGUAUGUAUGUUCUUGUCUGUCUGUUUUUUCAUGUUUACCUAUACUCAUGCUUUGUAUGUAAUCUAUGCCGCUGGUCUGUAAAUAAAAGUUUUGGUUUUUGUUUUCAAGUUUAGACAGACUGAGAGCCAACGUUUAUGUAUCCCUAAUAAAGUUCACUCUGUUAGAGAUGAA